CUCACGAUUUCACCAUUCGCUGCAUUGCAAACCCUAAUUUGUCUUUCUAGCGGCGCCACCAAAGAAAUUUGCCGAGGCUUCCAAUCGCAGUCUGAGAGACAAUGUCGACAGUCGGAGAACUUGCUUGCAGCUACGCUGUUAUGAUCCUUGAGGACGAGGGCAUUUCCAUCACGUCUGAGAAGAUUUCGACUUUGGUCAAAGCUGCUGGUGUCGAGAUCGAGUCUUACUGGCCAAUGCUAUUCGCCAAGAUGGCUGAGAAGCGUAACGUCACUGACCUUAUCAUGAAUGUCGGUGCUGGUGGUGGUGGAGGCGGUGCACCAGUUGCCGCCGCUGCACCUGCUGCUGCUGGUGGAGGCGCAGCUGCUGCCCCUGCUAAGGAAGAGAAGAAGGAGGAACCAGCAGAAGAGAGUGAUGGAGAUCUUGGUUUUGGAUUGUUCGAUUAGUUGCCUCCUUGUUUUACUCUUGCUGUGUUCUAUUUCUUUCGCUAAUUUGAGAUUUUCAGUUUUUGCCAUUUUCAACAUUACAACAGUUUGGUCCAUUUGUUAUAUCAUGUACUCGAGUUGGCAAUGGCUCACGACCUUCUUAGUGGUUUUGAGAGUUAUCUUAUGUAUAAUACGUGAGAUUCUCUCAUGCUUUUGUUGCUAUGGAACUUUUUUUUUACCAACCA